CCCUUUCUAGCUUUGGCGGCUUUCUUGAGUGGCUCAGUGGUGCCCGCAACACUACCGUCCAUACUCCUUCCAGGUUCCUGCUCCUUCCAGCCAUGGCUUGCAGAGUCCUUCUGUUAUCAGUCUUGACCUUAUGUCGCGGGUUCAACCUGGACACUGAAAACCCAAUGACCUUCCAAGAGAAUGCAAGGGGCUUUGGGCAGAGCGUGGUCCAGCUUGAGGGAUCCAGGGUGGUGGUUGGAGCCCCCCAGGAGAUAAAGGCUGCCAACCAAACAGGCGGCCUCUACCAGUGUGACUACAGCAUAGGCUCAUGUGAGCCCAUCCGCCUGCAGGCCCCCCCAGAGGCUGUGAACAUGUCCCUCGGCCUGUCCCUGGUAGCUGCCACCAACCCCUCCCGGCUGUUGGCCUGUGGCCCCACUGUGCACCAGACUUGCAAGGAGAACACGUACGUGAAAGGCUUAUGCUUCCUGUUUGGAUCCGACCUAUUGCGGGAGCCCGAGAGGUUCCCAGGGACCCUCAAAGGGUGUCCUCAACAGGAGAGUGACAUUGCCUUCUUAAUUGAUGGCUCCGGUAGCAUCAACACAAAUGACUUUCGUCGGAUGAAGGAAUUUGUCUCAACCGUGAUGGAGCAGUUUGAAAAGUCCAGAACCUUGUUCUCUUUGAUGCAGUACUCUGAUACCUUCAGGAUUCAUUUCACCUUCAGAGAUUUCCAGAAAAACCCUAACCCAAGAUGGCUGGUGAGGCCAAUAACACAGCUGUACGGGAGGACGCACACUGCCACAGGAAUCCGCAAAGUAGUAAGAGAACUGUUUGAUGUCGCCAAUGGAGCCCGGGAGAAUGCCCUUAAGAUCCUAGUCGUCAUCACAGAUGGAGAAAAGUUUGGUGACCCUUUGUCAUACAAUGAUGUCAUCCCUGAGGCAAACAGAGAAAGGGUCAUUCGCUAUGUCAUUGGGGUGGGGUCUGCCUUCAGCAAUGAGAGAUCCCGAGAAGAGCUUCAUACCAUUGCAUCCAUUCCAUCUCAUGAUCACACAUUCCGGGUGAAUAACUUUGAAGCUCUGAACACCAUUCAGAACCAGCUUCAGGAAAAGAUCUUUGCGAUUGAGGGUACUCAGACGGGAAGUACCAGCUCCUUUGAGCAUGAGAUGUCUCAGGAAGGCUUCAGUGCAGCCAUCACCUCUAACGGUCCCUUGCUGGGUGCUGUGGGGAGUUUUGACUGGGCUGGUGGAGCCUUUCUGUAUACUUCAGAGGAAAAAUUCACCUUCAUCAACACAACCAGGAUAGAUUCAGACAUGAAUGAUGCUUACUUGGGUUAUGCCGCCACAGUCAUAUCGCGGAACCAAGUGCAAAGCCUGGUUCUGGGAGCACCACGAUAUCAGCAUGUUGGCCUGGUGGUGAUGUUCAGACAGAACGGUGGCACCUGGGAGGUCAAUGCUAAUAUCAAGGGUAGCCAGAUUGGCUCCUACUUCGGGGCCUCCCUCUGCUCUGUGGACAUGGACAGCCGUGGCAGCACCAACCUGGUCCUCAUCGGGGCCCCCCAUUACUACGAGCAGACCCAGGGGGGCCAAGUGUCUGUGUGCCCCUUGCCCCGGGGGCAGAGGGCUCGGUGGCAGUGUGAUGCUGUUCUCCGUGGUGAGCAGGGCCACCCCUGGGGCCGCUUUGGGGCAGCCCUCACAGCGCUGGGGGAUGUGAAUGGGGACAUGCUGACGGAUGUGGCCAUUGGAGCCCCAGGAGAGGAGGAGAACCGGGGUGCAGUCUACAUUUUUCAUGGAACCUCAGGAUUUGGCAUCAGCUCCUCCCACAGUCAGGUGAGGCCAGGUUACUCUCCUUGUCACCACAGUAGCCUCUUUGCUGAUCUGUCCCCUUCUAAUUCAAUGUUCCCAUAG